CCGGAGGUCCAGCAUGAAGGUCCGCUUCGCUCCGCUCCGCAUCCCGCGGGCGCGGCGGCUGCAGACGGCGGCCGUGCUGCAGUGGGUCCUGACCUUCCUGCUGUCCGUACAAAUAUGUUUCAUGGUCAUGUGGCUGCUCAUCAUAUUCAACUGCUGGUUCCUAUACAUCCCUUACUUGGCCUGGAUGUACCUUGAUUGGCGUACCCCAGAGCAAGGAGGCCGGAAAUCCACCUGGGUCCAAAGCUGGACUGUUUGGAAGCACUUUAACGACUACUUCCCAAUCCGUCUCAUCAAAACGCAGGACUUGGACCCAGGUCACAACUAUAUAUUUGGAUAUCACCCCCACGGAAUACUUGUGGCUGGAGCCUUUGGAAACUUUUGUACAAGUUACUCAGACUUCAAGAAGCUGUUUCCCGGUUUGAGUGUGUAUAGUCACAUUCUGCCGCUAGUGUUCGGGUGUCCUUUCUUCCGGGAAUAUGUGUUAAGUACCGGGCUCGUCUCCGUGUCUAGGAGGAGCGUGUCCUAUGUGCUGAGCAAGCAGGGCGGUGGAAAUGUCUCGAUGAUUAUCCUCGGGGGGGCACAGGAGGCGCUGGUGUCCAACCCGGGAAGGUUCACGGUGUUCAUCAGACAGCGGAAAGGCUUCGUCAGACUUGCCUUGAUCCAUGGCGCCAGUUUGGUCCCACUGUUUUCUUUUGGUGAAAUUGAACUUUUUAAGCAAAUUAACAACACCAAAGGCUCAUGGCUUCGAACCAUACAAGAUAUAGUGCGCAAGUACACGGGGUUGGCUUUGCCAAUAUUUUAUGGCAGAGGAAUUUUCCAGUACAAUUUUGGAAUAAUGCCAUAUCGGAAACCAAUCCACACUGUUGUUGGCCGUCCAAUCCAUGUUCAACAGACUCCACACCCAACCCCGGAGCAGGUUGAUGAGCUGCAUCAGACCUACAUGGAAGAGCUCAAGGCGUUAUUUGAUAAGCACAAGGGGAAGUACGGGAUCCCGGAGCACGAAACUCUCACCUUCACCUGACUUUGCUCUUCCAGGGUAUACAAGAAGGAUAAGAGAAGAUAAGGAGAAUAAAAUUUUAAAUAAGUUUA